UGUCCGCCACUCUCUCUCUCUCUCUCUCUCUCUCUCUCUCACCCUCCUAACCUGACGUAGGGAACGCCAGAGAUAUUUAACACGAGUUGGUAGCGGCGCGCACAGCUCUCUCUCUCUCUCGUGUGUGUGUGUGUGUGCAAUAGUCACAGACCGCCGCUCUCUCAAAGCAAGCGAUCGAUCGCAGGGCGCCGGCAGCAACUCUCACUGGAAACUGGCGAAACCUACAACCAAAGCAAAUUGCACUUUGGCGACACAACAAACAGGUGCCUAGGGGUCGAAUGAAGUGUGUGAAAUUAAGAGGGCAGUUGAUUUACAUGUUUUUUAAUAGCCUGGUCCAUUUUUCUUCUUCUGCCGAACGGAAGCUUGCCGGUUGCCAGUGUGGGUUUAAAGCCGCGCUCGGGGGUGGGCGCGUUAAAUCAUCUGCUUGAGGACGAUCGAUAAAGAGUUAAUUGCACGGCGAUUCAGUCAGGAACACGGGGGCGUCUCUUCAUUAAUAAGGGGUAGACAUGGCCAGUCAGUAGCCUAGCCAGAGGCGGCUCUCCAGGGGGAAAAACAUACGAUGGCUUUGGAGACCUCGCUGAAGUUGGCCCCGACAGGCGAGUGGAUUUUAGCAGCCUUCGAAGGCUGCAACGCCUCCACCGAGAUGGGCUCCAAUCUGACCUGCAACGCCACCAACCCCUUCGACUUUGUCAUGGGCGGCAGCGUGCUGGUUCCUUUGAUCUACUUCGUGGUGUGUGUGGUGGGACUGAGCGGCAACACCUUGGUCAUCUACGUGAUCCUGCGCUACGCCAAGAUGAAGACUGUCACUAACAUCUACAUCCUCAACUUGGCCAUUGCCGACGAGCUCUUCAUGGUGGGCCUGGCCUUCAUCGCCAUCCAGGUGGCCCUGGGCCGCUGGCCCUUCGGCCAGGUUCCCUGCAGGAUCCUGAUGACCGUGGACGGCAUCAACCAGUUCACCAGCAUCUUCUGCCUGACCGUCAUGAGCAUCGACCGCUACCUGGCCGUGGUUCACCCCAUCAAGUCUUCGCGCUGGCGCAAGCCUCUGGUGGCCAAGAUGGUGAACGUGGCGGUGUGGUUCAUCUCGCUGUUGGUCAUCUUGCCCAUCAUGAUCUACGCCGGGGUCCAGACCAUGCGCGGGUUAAGCAGCUGCACCAUCAUCAUGCCCAGCCAAGAUUCCUUCUGGUACACCGCCUUCGCCAUCUAUACCUUCGUGUUGGGCUUCUUCUUGCCCUUCUCCGUCAUCUGCCUCUGCUACCUCAUGAUCAUCGUCAAGGUCAAGGCCUCGGGCAUCCGCGUGGGCUCGUCCAAGCGCAAGAAGUCGGAGAAGAAGGUGACCAAGAUGGUCUCCAUCGUGGUGGCCGUGUUCGUGUGCUGCUGGCUGCCUUUCUACAUCUUCAGCUUCGUCACGCUGGCCGUCAAGGUGAAGCCCACGGCGGCCAGCAAAGGCUUCUACGAGUUCAUCGUCAUCAUGUCGUACGCCAACAGUUGCGCCAACCCCAUCCUCUACGCCUUUCUGUCUGACAACUUCAAGAAGAGCUUUCAGAACGUGUUGUGCCUGAAGAAGGUGAGCGGCUUGGACGAGGUGGACCGCAGCGACAGCCGGCAGGACAAGUCCCGGCUACAGGAUGUCACCGAGACACAGCGGACUCUCCUGAACGGCGAUGACCUCCAGACCAGCAUCUAACCCCCUCCACACACACAC